AUUGCAGCUGCUGGAUUAUUUUCACACGCAAAAAAAGUUAAACUAUUUAGUAAUUGAAAAAAUCCACGAAAUAAAACAUUUAGUUAGCAAAAAAGAGAGCAUUAAUAUAACGAAAACUGGUUUAGUUCGCAACAGUUUAUUAGUGGUAUUAAAUUUGGCGAUUUUGUAAGCAGGAAAGGUCAAACGAAGUAGAAUUGUCAAAGUAGCGCAAAUACGAGCAAAACAAAGGGAUUGACGUGUGCUGUAAUGGAAUAGACAUCAACAUUUUGAUUCGAUCGCAGAAGCGCAUUAGACAUGGAUGAUAAUUCGCAGGAUAUUUGCCGUGUGUGUCGUUGUGAGGCACAAUCGGACCGUCCAUUAUUCUAUCCAUGUAUUUGUACGGGCAGUAUUAAGUACAUACACCAGGACUGUUUAAUGCAAUGGAUGCGUUAUUCACAUAAAGAGUAUUGUGAAUUAUGUGGUCACCGCUUUAGCUUUCAGCCGAUCUACUCGCCUGACAUGCCGCGUGUGUUGCCCUUACGUGAUGUGGCUGGUGGCUUAUUAACAGCUGUUGCCAAGGCAGCCAAAUCAUGGUUCCAUUAUUCUUUAGUCGGUUUGGCUUGGUUCGGUAUAGUGCCAUUGUCUGCAUACCGCACAUACCGUUAUUUGUUUCGUGCUUCAUCAUUUGACAUGAUACUAUCGAUGCCGUUCGACGUUUUCUCAACAAACAAUUUGGCCUCUGAUGCAUUCCGCGGUUGUUUCGUUGUGACUUGUACGCUGCUGUCAUUCAUCGGUUUAGUUUGGUUGCGUGAGCAAAUACUGCAUGGUGGGGGCCCAGAUUGGUUAGAACGCGACGAUGCGCCUGCUGCGGUUAAUGAUGGUGAAGAACAAGCUCAGCCCGAAGUGCCAAGAGCUGCGGCUGCUGUUGAAGAUGUUAGAGAUGGCGCAGGUGUUGAAGCUGCAGCUGCACGUGUUGCUGACGAAGUCGCUGAUAUUGAGGAACCCGUCAACGCCGACGAUGAAAGUGACAAUGAGGAAGCACCGAUUGACAUGCCAAUGAAUAAUGCCGCGCCAGCAGCUGUGAAUCCCGCAGAAGAGGAAGGUGAAAUACCGCUUGAAUUUGGACCCAGGCAACAGCAUAUACCGGGUGCUGGCAACAACAACAAUAAUAAUGUUAAUGCGGCAGCUGACGAUGCUGGUGUGGCGCAAGGUGGUGGUGCUGCUGCAGCUGGUGGUGCUGCCGCAGAAAAUGAUAACGACAACGAUGAACCAAACUGGAAUCCUAUGGAAUGGGAUCGCGCCGCUGAAGAAUUGACUUGGGAGCGUUUACUUGGUCUGGAUGGUUCGCUAAUCUUUCUUGAGCACGUUUUUUGGAUAAUCUCUCUCAAUACUUUAUUCAUCGUUACAUUCGCUUUUUGCCCUUAUUGUAUUGGUAAUUUCAUACUAAGCUCUUUGGAUCUGCUGCAACCGGAUAAACCGCUGCUACAUUUUCACGGCCUCAUCACUACGCUAUUCGGCUACUGCUUCAUUGGUUUAACUUUGGUUGUGUUGCACUUCUUUGCGCGCGUCUUUCGUAUGCGUCGCGUGCGCUGGCUGAUCGGUUUGUGCUAUAUAGUUGUGAAAGUGUCGUUGUUAGCCGUUGUUGAAAUCGGUGUACUGCCACUUGUUUGCGGCUGGUGGUUGGAUAUAUGCUCAUUACCGCUGUUUGAUGCCAGCAUUAAGGACCGCAAGGUGAGCUUUAAAGCUGCUCCGGGUACGUCACUUUUUGUGCAUUGGAUGUUUGGCAUGGUGUAUGUUUACUACUUCGCCGCUUUCAUUUCGCUCUUGCGGGAAGUACUGCGCCCCGGUGUGCUCUGGUUUUUGCGUAACCUAAACGAUCCGGAUUUCAGUCCAAUACAGGAAAUGAUCCAUCUGCCAAUUCUACGCCAUGUACGCCGUCUUAUUGCUUCCGCUAUGAUUUUUGGUUCUGCCGUUCUCUUGAUGCUUUGGCUACCAAUACGCAUGCUCAAGACAAUUUGGCCGUCAUUUUUGCCCUACACCCUUUCCGGCGAUUCGGAAGUUAAUGAGCUCAGCUUGCAACUGCUGCUGCUACAGAUAAUUCUGCCUGGCUUCUUCGAACAAUCCCACACCCGCAUCUGGCUAAAGGGUUUGCUGCGCAUUUGGUGUGUUUGUGUAUCCUGGGUGCUCGGCAUACGCAGCUAUUUGCUCGGCACUGAACAGCCCAACGGCGAUGCCACCAAUAAUGCUGCAAAUGGCGCCGCCGCUGCACCAGCCGCUGAAGCAGCGCCCGAAGCUGCUGCCAAUAACGAAGCAGCACCACAGCCGAAUGCCAACGCAGACCAAGCAGAUGCUGCAGCCGCACGUCCACCACCCGCUGUACCGCUGCCACGCGAACGUAACCUCGGUGCAGUGCAUCAGGCGAUAAUGCAACGCGAUGUGCCGGUCGGUUUUCAACCAUACGAUCGUCCCUCACUAUUUCCAUUGCGCUUGUGCGGUUUGCUGUUUUUCAUGUGCGUUUCUUUGGUAAUCGCUUCGGUCAUAACACUAACGGUACCGGUUUGGAUUGGUCGCCAGGUGAUGGCGCUAUGGUCCGUUGGUGGCCAUUUCACAAAUCAAGUAGUAGCCCAAGCACCUGAGGUAUCACCACGUCCACACGAACUGUACACUGCCGCAUUGGGCACCUAUCUCUGUUGGAUAAUAUCACGUGGUGUUGCCAUUGCAGUGAACUUGCUGCCGCAAGGACGCGCCGCGGUUGUUGAUAAAAUCAAACAUUGGCUACGUGUUGGCGCCUCGUACGCCCUGCCCGUACUCAUAUUCGUACUAAUGCUAGGCGUAAUACCACUGCUGUUUGGACUACUACUCGAGUUGGUGGUGGUGAUACCGUUGCGUGUGCCCUUCUACCAAACACCCAUACACUUUUUGUGGCAGGACUGGGCACUCGGUGUGCUCUAUACCAAAAUUGCGAUUGCUUUGACACUCAUGGGUCCCGACUGGCACUUGAAACGCGCACUCGAACGUGCGUACCGCGAUGGCUUGCGUGACAUUGAUUUGAAGUUUUUGAUACGCGAAUUGGCCACACCCGUUAUCACGUGUUUCGGUUUGGCCCUGGCCAUACCCUAUGUGAUUGCGCACUCCAUUUUGCCGUUAUUCUUCAAAAAUUCGGUGUCACGCUUGGAAAUAUCGCGCGUAGUCUAUCCGGUAUUCUUCAUAAUUGUCGUGGUGAUUGCCUACAUUUACUUCGAAAUCAAACAAUUCAAAAAGCUAUAUGUCGCCAUUAAAGUGGACAAAUAUUUGGUGGGUCAACGGCUGGUCAACUAUGAGCAUCGCAAGCGCAAGCAAGAGGCCGAAGCGGCAGAGGCGGCUGCAGCAGCCUCCUCCUCAACGGAUGGCGCGCAAGCGGCCAAGGAUGAGCCCGAGGAGGCGGCCAUCAAUGCGGCGAGCAUAUUGGAGCGCGAGGAGUUGGAAAUGCGGCGAAGAGAGGCCGCGCUGGUGGAGGAUUUGGUGCGUGAUGAUUUAUUAUAAUGCCAACACUAAAUUACAGCAUAUGAAAUGAAGUUCUGAAAAUAAUACCUACCUACCGUUACUUAUGCAUUCGUGUAUACCAUUUCCGAUAUGAAAUUAGAACGGCAGCAAAAUUAUGUAAGCACAGCAAACAAAUUAACAAUAAAUCGCAUUGUAUUAAGA